CUGGUCUGUAGAUCUAUUUUUCUCGAGUUCAUUUUAACCAUCACCGCUGUAGUCGUUGGUUUCAUCUCUUCAGAAGGUUUCUAUUGACAGAAUAAUUCAAGUUUCACAGUUUCGAAAGGAAAAAAAAGGCCCAGAAGCCAUUGACGUUUCCUCGAUACAUCAAACGAGUUGGCCUCUUGUCAUGCCUGAGUCAGCCGACGUUGCGGUGACAACCAUGUUAGCCCUACUAAUAAUAGCGGACAUCAGUGGAAACUGUCUGGUUUGUUUGGUUAUAAAGAAAAAUAAAGAUAUGAGGACUCCCUUCAAUUACCUACUUGUGAACUUAGCUGUAUCAGACAUUAUGUUUGCCACCUUCAUAGCACCAAAUCAUGUCUUUGAGGACAGCUUCACUCAUCCAAAAGGAACUACGGGCUUGGUUGUGUGCCUGGUAAUAACAGCUGGAAACGUGGCUUGGAUCGGUGCAGCUUCAUCGUCCGUGACUCUUACUGCCAUCGCAGUUGAACGCUACUGUACUGUUACUAGUCCUGAUGGUAGUAAUGGAAAACUCACCAAAAAAAAGCUUAAGGCGAUUAUUUCUGGAUGUUGGAUCUUCUCAGUGGCUUUAAACAUGCCACUUUUUCUAGCAACAAGAUUUGAUUCAUCAAUCAGUGACUGCAAGUGGAUUUGGCCUGAAAAGUGGAUCGGUGCAGCAUACGACUCUGUAUGGCUUGUACUAUUGGCUAUAAUUCCUCUGACAGUGAUGACUGGUUUAUAUUCAAAGGUCGUUUACAUGUUGUGGUUCAAACGUAAUGAGGAAAAUGAAGUCGCUCAUCAACAGAAGGGAGUCCUGAAGGUCAGGAAGCGAGUAACGUUAAGUGUAAUCACUGUCAGUGCCAUAUUUGGAGCUUGUUGGAUCACAGGAUUGCUGAUUUACAUCCUUAGCUACCUUGACAUCCUCUUGUUUGGUUCAAUCUCAUACGUUCUUUCUGACACUUUGUUUAUGAUCAACUCUGCCAUCAACCCUUUUGUUUAUGCUCUGCUGAAUGAGCGUUUCAGGCAUAAGAUCAAAAUUUUAUGCCGUACUCGCCGAAUUUCUAGGGUACAUACCUCAAGCAAGCAUGGAAUAGGGCCUCAAAACAACACCUCUCCCGUAACUGACACUGUAAAUGUUCAAUGAAAUAAUGCCACAGGUCCGAUGGAUAACAACAGACGAUUGGUACGAGAAAAAGUUCCCCAGAUGCAUCUGCAAGGAGAGUUGGAGCAUGGUCGUCGAGACUAACUAAGAGUUUCAAGGCAAAAGUAGCUGCGGGCAAUAACGCCUGCGUAAAAUACUGCAAAUGUCACAUUGAGACACUGUGACAAUUAAGCUUGUGUUCGACACAAACUGACUGGCAGCGCCGCACCUAUGAAAAAAAUUUUAGCGUUAACGUAAACGGCCAUGCAUCAAACUACCCACAACCACUGUACAAUUAACUUUGAAUCGUUAGUUUUUGCACGUGAUCUAUGCGUUGAAUGAACGAUAGCAAACUUUUUCUUCGCCUGAACUAAUAGAGACUAAUGGAAGUCAGGGCUUGAAUUUAUUCACCCCAACAAGUUCAAAUAUUUUAAAUGAACGGACUGUGAACGGUUUACCUGAGAAGGCUAAGAAUUAGGAACUCUGAACUAAGAAUACUUUCCACGUACGAUUCAAUGCGACGUAUUCGCGGCUUAGAUUUCCCUAAUGAUAAAAUUAAUCAGUUGUGUAUGCUUUUGAUUCUACGUAUGACAAACUUUCGGAGUUUCUUCGCUUUUAAAAAGGAUAAUCGGAGCUCUCGGCAAUCGUUGAAAGUAUCACCGAAAAAUAUCGCGUAAUGAAUGCGAAAGCGAUCUUAAAAAAAUAAGAAUAGGGCUUGAAUAAAAGAAACGUGGGCGGAUCAAGAGAGUUCCUAAGCAGAGCCUGGUUGUUCAAAGAGCGGAUGACGCUGUUCAAUGAACAAAUCACUAUCCAGCAGUUAUAUAGGUGCCAACAACCCAUACGGCACUAUCCACCAGAUAGAAAUUAAUCUAAUUUAAUUAUUAAUCUGGAAAGAGUUUCCUUCCUUAAAACUACCAGGGCAAGAACAAUAGCCCAGCACGUGUGUCUAAAAAUAUUUUGCAGUUAUCAGCCGUCCUCAGGAAAACAACAAAGUGAAAUCACCAGAAUCAGAAUGGCGAGAGAAUGCAAAACCCGAGGAUAAUUAUUUACGUUUCUAUCUAGAACUCAGCGCUGUUCACAUAUGGUAUGCCAAAGUUGAGGUAAAGAGCCGUUUGAGACGGAAAGCAGCCCUAGCCAUUUCUGGAAUUCUGAAAAAAAAAUCCUUAUUCAUUUGUUAUCCGUUUUCCUCAGCUUUGUCGUCCUGUCUAUUGAAAAGGUCCCUGAAUGCCCUAAAUGAUAGGUGCUUCUGACAAUAGUAAGCUCACGAUCUGACAAUAGCUAAUGUGCUUCUCAGAAAACCAUACGCUAAAAAUUAUUUAAGCAAUGCCUUUUGUUCCAACCAACUACAACCACAACGACUGUUAGUUUGUGGCUUUGAAGUUCGUUUGUGUCCCUAAAUCUCGUUCUCAGUUCAUAAUUGACCGUUCAUAAUCUUAUAUUUAUUUCUUACAAGUGUUCCUCGUUUUCCGAGUCUCAGAAUAAUGCAAUGCCAUAUCGAGUGCAAUACCAGAACAAAGGCCAAAAUCACACGAUAGUCAUCCAAUCUUUUGUACUUCUACUUAGCUGGUUCACAGAAGCGAAGAAAACGCAAACGGAGUAAUAAAAGGUACAACUCAGCGAGA